GGGUACUUCUUUGGAUCAAGCUAUGGUGAAAAAUGUUUCGGAAAGGCAAAAAACGACACAGUAGUAGCAGUUCCCAAAGUAGUGAAAUCAGCACGAAAAGCAAGUCUGUAGAUUCUAGCCUCGGGGGACUUUCACGAUCCAGUACUGUGGCCAGCCUCGAUACAGAUUCUACUAAAAGCUCAGGACAAAGCAACAAUAAUUCAGAUACCUGUGCAGAAUUUCGAAUAAAGUAUGUUGGUGCCAUUGAGAAACUGAAACUCUCUGAGGGAAAAAGUCUGGAGGGGCCACUAGACCUGAUAAACUAUAUAGAUGUUGCCCAGCAAGAUGGAAAGUUGCCUUUUGUUCCUCUGGAGGAAGAAUUUAUUAUGGGAGUUUCCAAGUAUGGUAUAAAAGUAUCAACAUCAGAUCAGUAUGAUGUUUUACACAGACAUGCUCUAUAUUUAAUCAUUCGGAUGGUGUGUUAUGAUGAUGGUCUGGGGGCAGGAAAAAGCUUACUGGCUCUGAAGACUACAGAUGCAAGUAAUGAAGAAUACAGCCUAUGGGUGUAUCAGUGCAGCAGCCUGGAGCAAGCACAAGCAAUUUGUAAAGUUUUAUCUACCGCUUUUGAUUCUGUCUUAACAUCUGAGAAAUCGUGA